AUGGUUAUAAGAUGUGUUCUUGUUCUUGUAUCAACUCGUUUAGUUCAUUUAAAUAUGAGUUAUAUUAUAAGUUGGUUUUGGUUGCAAUGGUUCGAAGCAUCAAUUGCUAAAUUUAUUGUGAUUCCAUAUCAAUAUGGAAUAUUAUACAUCGAUGGUUAUUAAAAUUAAAAUAAUAGCUUCUAAUUAUUUUGUUUUUUGUAGAUUCAAACACAAAACAAGAAUAUAUUCAAUGGUGGACUGAGAAUGAAACCGAGAUUGUGAAGGUUAAAAACAUUGAUUCGAUAUUUCCACUUUAUUUAUCGUCUUUACUUAUGUGGCAUUAUAUUUAUUCAAUGUUAAUCGGUGUUGGUUCUGUUAUGAUUGAACGUGUUUUUGCAACUAUUUUCAUACAGUAAGUUACAUUUUAAAUUAUUGAUACUUGUAAAUUGUUUAAUUUUUCAGUGACUAUGAGAAAAAGGAUCGUUUAUAUAUCCCGUUGUUACUGAUUUCAUUUACUCAUUGUUUAUCAAUUCCAUUCUCUUAUUUCAUGACUAAUAACAAAAUAUCAUUUUCUGUGGCUUUUGGUUUAUUAUUUCUUGCUAUGAUAAUUUCGAUCCUAGUGAGUUUGAAAACAUUUAUCUUCGACCUUUCACUUAUUUCAGUUAUAUUUGUUUGUUUGGAAAGUGAAUUCAGAUCUACGAAAAAUAAUGGAAAAUUCAAAAUCCAAGAAAAUAUUCUCACUUGGAAAAAAAUUCCAAAUCAAAGAAAAUCUUCGAUCAAUUAUUAUGAUUCGGAAAAUUGUUUAUGGUGCUACAUUUUUUGUUUUCUUUGCAGCAAUAUUUUUGAUAUUUUUAAUUUUUAAAAUCAUACCUUUUCUUAAUUCAAUAUUGAGCCAUUUGGUCGAAAAUAUCAUUUACUUGUAAGUUGAUCCUUCCUUGAUUUUCGAUACAAACCACAUUUUCAGAAACCCAAUGUUUCUCACAUGUGUUAUAAUGUAUUGUUCUCCAGUUUGGCAUAACGAAUUUUGGAAAUUUAUACCAGGAUUUCGAAACUAUAAAAAUACUCAAAUUAGUGUCAUAUCAACAAAUAUCGACGAAACAAAUGUAUACUUCAAUCAAUUGAAAAAAUCGUGGGAUUAGAGAGAAAUAAAUGUUUUUAGAGAAACAAAUCUUGAAAGGAAACUACUUAACUGUGUUUCAUUUUAUAUAGGCAUCUCUGUUAAUAUUAUUAGUGCUUGCAAUAAGAAUCUCAUGAGAGACAAAAAAACUCGGAACACCGAAAGACAAAAGAAAAGGAAAAAAAAAGAAAAAAUAAAAUACGGUGGACAACGCGAUUGCACAGCGGCCGCAAUUGUUCGUCGUCGUGUUGACACACAAAUUUUUGUCAUCAAAAAUUUUUGAAUUUUUCUCAUUCUUUUUCACUGUUCACCCUUUUCUCCCCAAAAACUCACUGAAAAUCAACCAACUUUAGAAAAUGGAGCGAUUUUUGCGUCUUGGAGGACUCGGUGGUUCAUUGGGACAGUUCAAUACUACUCCACAAGACUCAAAUCAAGUCGAUACAUCGGAAACUGUGUAUAUUUCUUCGUUGGCACUUUUGAAAAUGUUGAAGCAUGGUAGAGCUGGAGUUCCAAUGGAAGUUAUGGGUUUGAUGCUUGGAGAAUUCGUUGAUGAAUAUACAGUUAAUGUUAUCGACGUUUUUGCCAUGCCACAAUCUGGAACUGUAAGUUGUGAUAUUAUUGUUGGAGUUACGAAACUCACCGAUUGGUAGUGAGAACAAUUCAAUAAUGUUUUCAUACUGAAAUACAGCUCACGUCGUUAAUUCGAAUUGGGUCAUUUUAGAUGAAAAAACGAACGUGAUGUUCUAUUUUUACAUUUUCAUUUUUGAAAAAAAAUCUAUAAUCCAAUCAUAUUUCUAGGGUGUUUCCGUCGAAGCUGUCGAUCCAGUCUUUCAAGCAAAAAUGUUGGACAUGUUAAAACAAACCGGUAGACCAGAAAUGGUUGUUGGAUGGUACCAUUCUCACCCUGGUUUCGGAUGUUGGUUGUCUGGUGUUGAUAUAAAUACUCAACAAUCGUUCGAAGCUCUUUCCGAUAGAGCUGUUGCUGUUGUCGUUGAUCCAAUUCAAUCAGUUAAAGGAAAAGUAAGUUGUUGUUUGAAUCAAAUGCAGUUUUAAAAUCGAUUGGUUUCAGGUUGUAAUCGAUGCGUUUCGCACAAUCAAUCCACAAACAAUGGCUUUGAAUCAAGAGCCAAGACAAACAACAAGUAAUUUGGGACAUUUGCAAAAGCCAAGUAUUCAAGCUCUUAUUCAUGGAUUGAACCGUCAUUACUAUUCGAUUCCAAUUGCCUAUAGAACUCACGAUUUGGAACAAAAAAUGUUGUUGAAUUUGAAUAAACUAUCAUGGAUGGAUGCCAUCAAUGUUGAAAAUUACACGAAAUGCGGCGAGAAAAAUAAGGAACAUCUCAAAGCAAUGUUGAAAUUGGCCAAAAAUUACAAAAAAGCUCUCGAAGAUGAGGAGAAAAUGACUGAAGAAGAAUUGGCAAUCAAGAAUGUUGGUAAACAAGAUCCAAAGAGGCAUAUUGCUGAAGAAGUUACCAAAAUGUUGAAUGACAAUAUUGUGCAAAGUUUGGCUGGUAUGAUGGCAACAACAUCUCUCAAGUAAACCUUUUUCGAAAUUUUAUUUGAAUGGCAAUCAUUUGAAAAGUUUUCAGAUGUUUUAUUUAUUUAUUUAUUCGAUAA